AUGCCGGUGAACAAGUUAUAUUGUGGGCGGUGCAAUAACGAGGUGGGGCGUAAUACAACGGGGGUGCAGUGCGAGGUAUGUAAAACUUGGUUUCAUGCCAAAUGCGUGGACCUCGGCAAGGCGUCGGCCGCUGCGCUCUCAGUCGCGGGCGCGUCCUGGAGAUGUUCAAUUUGCCGCAGUCCUGUAGAUCGUCGAGCUUCUCGCCUGUUCCUACCCACCCCCGCUCCUGAUGCUGCGGUACCGACAUCUGCUGUUACAUUGGAGGCUGUUUAUGGUAUGAUAAAGGAGAUUCGCUCUGAUAUGCGUUCGAUGAAUAGCAGGUACGAAGAGAUGGUCGAGUCAAUGCAGUUUUGUAGCCAGCGCGUAUCCGAUUUCGAGGUGUCCAUGAAGCGUCUUGACGACCGUCUCAAAAUAAUCAAUAAAUUAAAUGAUGAGAACUUGCACCUAAAAAAACAGGUUACAGAAUUAUCGGGACGAGUAGCGGAUCUCGAGCAAUAUUCCCGCCGUAGCAAUUUGGAGGUCCAGGGUGUGCCUGAGAAGGAUGGCGAGGAUCUGGUUGCCGUUGUUGGGUCUCUGAGUGAAUUUCUUGGGGUUCCGGUUUCGAGCGUCGAUGUGGAUGCUGUUCAUCGUGUUCCGCAUGGUCCAGACGCCGCGGGCACCGUAACGCGUCGGCUGACGUCUCCGAAGUCGAUCGUGAUCCGUUUUUGCAGCCGUCUCAAACGGGACAACUUCUUAGCGGCUGCUAAGCUCAAAAGAAGAUCAGCGCCGGCUGGGUCGCCGCCAGGUCUUGCGAUCCGGGGUGUAUCGGACCGUUGUUUUAUCAACGAGCAUUUAACGCCUGCGAACAAGGUUCUUUUCGGGAGGGCAAGGAGGGUUGCUAAGGAAAAGAAUUAUAAAUAUGUAUGGACCCGCAACUGUCAAAUCUUUGUUCGUAAAAGUGAUGAUGCUCGUCCUUUGCCUAUCAGGUGUGAAGCCGAUGUGGACAGGAUGUAA